UAGCGACACAAGCGCACACUGCUCACUCUGUCUUAUUUCAACGUUCAAUGACAACAAAGAGAGAAUGAUGCUUGUGUCGCUAAAUGGAAUUGUCGCACCUAUGCGACAAUUGAGACGACAUGUGAAUUCGCUCAUCAAGUGAUUUUCUGUUUUGAUAUGUAUAAUCAAAGCUGCAUAUGAUUUUGGCGAUUUAGGCGACAUAAGCACCGCCCUCCAAUCAGUGGCAAUCGGACGGGACAAUGAGAUGAUUCAUCGAGCAAGUCCAUCUGCUCUUGCCAUCAAGCGUGAAGAAGAGGAAAACUGUCAAAAACGAAAAACGAUGAGCAACGAUGAGCGGUCCUCGUGUCACCGUAAAAGGAGGAAAUAGCUUUGAAAAACAAGCGAGUGCACAUGUGGCUAACAUGGAAUUGAUUGAAAAUUGCGAUAAUAAGGCGAGCGUUUUGCAAAAUGACGAAAUUGAAGCCGAAAACGACGAUGGGCCAGCUCACUUUAUUCCUGGCUAUGCAACUUUUGACGAUUACCUUCAGGAUGCGUUUGACUCGAUGAGAGCUGGAAUUAAGGCAGCUAAUAAUCUGCCUGUUGGAGACAAUUUCAAUUACUACGCUUGCUUUCCAAGCUUUAACGAUGCCAGACAUAAAGAUACAGAGAGAAUGCUGGCUACAAUGCAAAGUAUAAUGAAAAUAGUAGGAGGUUCUAGCAACAUCCAUAACACAAAUCGAGACAUUAACGAAAAGUUUGAUCUUUUAUUGGAAGCAAAUGAUCAACUGCUAGAUCAAGCUAAUAUAUUGAUGGAUGAGGAAAGUGGUAUUUUACGAAAUCCUCAAGUAGAAUUGGUUGUAUCACAAAUGCCAAAACCAGUUGUGAACGGUACUUGGAAUAUAAGGACUAAUCAUACUGAGCAAAUACAAGUUUCAGAUGGUUCGGAGAAAGUACGGUUGUUGGGUGGGAAAAAUGUACAAAGACCACAGUUAAUGUUUAAGGAUAAAAUUGACAACAGUUUAAAGCCAUGGAUGCCUCGAAUUAAAGAAAAACCAAACUCUCUGAAGCCAUUGGCUCUUUACGUCGAAGAAGGUGAACAUGGCGAGGUCUUCAAUCAUCCUUAUGAGUUUGAACUGGAUAAAUUUGAAACGCCGGAAUGUCAACUGAAGAAGAAAAUAUCCGUGAAAUAUAAGUCAUUGGACGAUACCAAAUUCGUAUUCAUUGACAAACCAGCCGAGAUUAGGACUCUUUUAGAGGAUCUGAGAAAUUAUAUGGAAAUAGCUGUGGACUUGGAACAUCACUCCUACAGAACAUUUCAAGGCAUAACUUGCCUGAUGCAAAUAUCAACGAUAAACACCGAUUACUUAAUCGAUACUUUAACUCUGCGAUCAGAAUUACAUCAACUUAACGAAAUUUUUACAAAACCUUCCAUCUUGAAGGUCUUUCACGGUGCCGACAAUGACAUUCUGUGGCUUCAAAGGGACUUGUCCCUCUAUGUAGUCAACAUGUUUGAUACCCAUCAAGCUGCGAAACAGCUCAAUCUACCUUAUCUCAGUUUGGCUUACCUGUUAAACAAAUAUUGCGGUAUAGAUCCUAAUAAACAUUUUCAAUUGGCCGACUGGCGUAUAAGGCCUUUACCGUUAGAACUAAUGAAAUAUGCAAGAGAAGAUACGCACUAUCUACUUUAUAUUAAGGACAUGCUGAACAACGAGUUGAUUGACGCGGCUAACGGCAAAAGUAAUAUUUUGAAGGCUGUGUAUGAUGAAAGCACUGAAAUUUGUAAGCGCACGUACAUGAAACCAAUUUGGACAGAGGAAAAUUGUAUCAACAUGUACAGGAAGAGUCAGAAGUCGUUCAACAAUAAACAGAUGUAUGCGCUCAUGGAAUUGCAUAGAUGGCGAGAUCUCACCGCGAGGGAAGAGGAUGACAGUAUUGGUUACGUAUUGCCGAAUCACAUGCUGCUCAAUAUAGCUGAGACGUUGCCACGCGAGAUGCAGGGUAUUCUGGCAUGCUGUAAUCCAAUCCCGCCAUUAGUGCGACAAAAUUUACUGAAAAUACACAAGAUAGUGCUGAAGGCUAGGGAGCAGCCGCUUGUCAAAUCUAUUCCUGAGCAGGAUAUUCGGCAGAGACCGACACAACGAAAUCACGCGGAAGACGCACACACCGGGGGGGCUUCCUUAUAUAUACCCCAUGAUGUACCGAGUGGUACAGAAGCGAGAGCAGACUUGCCAUGUCUUUUGGAUAAGAAUAUCAUGCCAUUAGAGAUGAACAAGUGUCAGAUGGAGAAGCAUACUGUAACGAUAUUUGAUACACCACCAGUUACUACAUCAGAGGAUGAAGAAACGGAAAGCAGUAAAAAAGAGGAUAAAAAAAAGACUAUAUUUGUAAGUCCGUUUAUGAGAUACAAAUGUGUUAUACCAAUGAUAAUGGAUCAGGAAGCAAAAGAACAACAAGAAAAACAACAAAAGAAAGAAGAAAAAGAAGAAAAUUCGACUAUGAAAAUCGAGGAUGAAUACGUAAACGAGGCUGAGAUUAACGAGAGUAAAAAUAGAGUUCAUCAACACUUUAAACAAAUGUCAAACAAAUCUCAAACAAAUAAACCAGCGGAGAUACCGAAAAAGAUACCUAAAAAGAAAAAGAAACAUACCCAAUCAAUUUUAAGUGAAAUGGUAGAAAAACGUGGUAGAAAAAGGAAGAGAGAAUAUGAGAGUGGGAAAAAGAACGACAAUAACUUUUCUACGCCUAUGUCGGCAUCGUAUUUGAAUGCUGGAACUGUGCAUGUGUCUAAGAAAGCAAAACAGGAAACACAAGACACAAUCGAAGAACGAAAGAUGCAAGGGAGUCAGAGUGAUAACAAUUCUAAAAUCAUUAAAUCGAUAAGAGCUAGGAAAAAAGGCGAUAGAAAAGCAAAUGAGAAAUUGUUGAAGGAACAGGGUAUGUUACCAUCCGAAAGAUUCGAUUACAGAUCAGUAGAUUUUAGCAGCUUCCAAGGUGGUAGUAAACAAAGUAGCGCAAAUCAGACACAGUUUCAACAACCUCAAAAAAAGAAGAAGGAGAAAUACCAGAAGUGGAAGAAGCCAAAACUUAAUAUAUGAUUGUAACGCGCGAUGUUCUUUUUUCUCACAUUUUUCAUCAAAUUAUCUUCAGAAAGAAAAAAAAUUCUGACAACUAAAAAUAUAGGGAUAGACUGUAUGUAGAAAUAUACAUAUACUGUGUAUAUAAAACAACAUCGAAAUUGUGUAUUUUUGGAUUUAGGUUAGUAUUUAAUAUCCAUUUUGAUUUCAUACCAAUGAGUUUUUGAUAAUAUUUUCCCACAUUUUCUAAAACAUGAAAGAUGUAUUUGAACAUAAUCUUACAAUUAACUGUAAAGUUCAAGCAUUAUAAAAUUAUUCAUUUAUUC